AUUAAUGUGACACCAGGAAGUAACUUCGCUCGGUAACAUUGAAUGUUGACAAAUACAGUGAUCCGAACAGUAGUUAAGUGUACAUGAUAUAUAUCCUUAAUGGUCAUAGAAUGGAUGCGGGUGUAUCUUUGCGAUUUAAUGUUGGAAUGACGGGUUAACUAACCUUACGAACAUGCACUGCUAAAAGACUAAAUCCAACAGAUUUGUAUGAAAUUAGAUGCAUAUUGCAAGUUAUAGUUACUGUUAUAUUUUCUGACAUGGAUCCAAGACACAAGGAAGUCAUUAAGAAGCAUCGUUUGUAUCUCUCUGAACAAAUUUUAAUUGACGAUACAAUUGUUCAGUAUCUUUACCAGGAAGAUAUUUUAACCGAAAGUCAGGUGGAAGAAAUUCAGUCCCAGGUAACGAACAAAAAGAAGACACUGAAGCUGCUGGAUAUCCUCCCCACCCGGGGUCCGCUGGCCUUUGAUGCCUUUCUGAAGUCCUUGGAUGGGGAGUUCUGGUGGGUAAAGGAAAAGCUAGAGCAGAAAGCGAAGGAUCCGAAAGAUGGGGCAGUGACCGAGAAAACCGUAGCAGAACAGUGUGCUAUUUCUGAGCCAACCUUGCAGAAGGUUCCGACGGACCAGGAUCUGAACCGGCUGGCGGGUCGGCUCGGGCUGGAGUGGGAAUCGGUGGUGCUGGACCUGGGCCUGCCCCUGUGGGAGGUGCAGAGGUGCCGGGCAGGUCAUCCGCUCAGCCUCUACGGCCAGGCCAUGGCGGGGCUGGUGCGCUGGAGACAGCGCUCGGGUCGGAAGGCCACAGUACAGCGACUCCUUCAGGCCCUGCAGGCAGCUGACAUCCACCCCUCGACCCUGGAGGAUGUAUUCCAGUGACAGGACAAUUUUUUACAGACAUACAGUGCCGACGUUUUGUUGGUCUUGGUGGUCCACCACUGUCAGUCAGAUUUGACAUUUUACCAAACAGAUGUUUUAAAACAUGCAAAUGGACACUUUUUGUAUGGGAGUCUGAGCCUGUUGUAUUUGAGAUCUUUAAACCAGCUGCUACUCUAAGGAGACCAACCAGUGACUGAACAGAACAGGUCCAUUUACCAGGAAACUGGCAUACAUUUUGCCUGGGAACAGCAUGUAGCUUAUGUGUGAUUUUAAAGGACUUACCACUCAGUCAACAUUCCAGUUUGUAGCACUGACAAUUCCCUGUGAAUCGCACAGCCAAGGGGUAACAGACAGCCAAUUGGGGGGGGGGGGGGGGGGGGGCAGAGGGGCCACCAGUCCUGCACUUAAAACACCAGCACAUCUGAAUUGCCUGUAAACCUGACAAUGCCGGUUUCAUUCCUGGAGUGUAUACAUCCAUUCGUGGCCCAUUAAAGAUAACCUGGAUUAA